AUGGAUAGGAUAUUGAGCAGCAAAAGCAAUGUCGUCCGAGCUAGGUUGCAGUUUCAUCGCCAAAAGUCGAAUCUGUUGAAGAAACACUUGAACAAAGUGCACAGCGAUCCCUUCAAUUCCAAGAAAAGAGGCGAGUUUUACCGGUCGAGAGCCGCGUUCAAGUUGCUUGAAAUCAACCAGCGAUGUCGGAUUUUCCAUAAAAAUUGCAAGAAUGUCGUCGAUUUGGGAUUUGCUCCCGGUGCGUGGACCCAAGUGGCCGUGCAAUGUUUGGAAGAACGCGGCGUUGGCGAUUACAGGAUAUUGGGCAUUGAUAUCAACGAAGCUAUACCCUACAGAGGGUGCAGCUAUAUCAGGGGCGAUUUGUUGAAAAAAGAGACUCAUGAGCGUAUCAAGGAGUUUUUCCGGAAAGACAAUGGAGUUCAGGAGCAAGUGGACUUGAUCAUCAGCGAUAUGAUGGUGAAUUGCACCGGCCAUGACCAUUAUGACCAUUUGGGAAGCAUGGAAUUGUGCAAUGCUGCCAUGAUUUUGGCGUUUGACCUGUUGAAAAACAACAAGGGCAACUUGGUGAUGAAAGUUUGGCACGGCGCAGAGGAAAAAUUGUUGGAGCUACGCAUGCGGAUCAUGUUUGAGAAACUUGUGAGGAUCAAACCCGAGUCGAGCAGAUCCCAGUCGAGCGAGUUGUUCUACGUUGGGUUAAAAAAACGCAAUUUACACGAGUUGGAUAUAAAGCUACCGGAUCUUUUUGGUGGUUUACAGACACUUGAAACAAUAAUUGAUCGACUAUAA